UAAUCGCUCCUUUUCGUCUUCUCUUCUUUCGUUUAUCGUUUUCGUUUAUUAAUAGAAAUUCUUCAAAUUUCCCAUGUCGUAUUUAUCGGUAAAUCGUAACGGAACGAUUGCUUCUAAAUAAUGUUCGUUGAAUUGUUGUUUCCUAGUUUGGCGAAGAGUGAUUAUUUUUUUUGCUCGAUAAAUCUACGCAAAGUUACUUGGAAAUUUCCAUUUUAUUUUUCUUCCAAUUUUACUUAUUCAAGGACAAUCUCUGGAAUUACUAUGUCCAAAGGAUCGCCUUCUUCACCUUGGUGGAACAGCAAACGAUUACGCUUAGAUGAUACCUGCAAUAACAAUUUGAACAGUACUUUGAAUAGCGCUUCUAAAAAUAAUGCAAACUGGUCUUGUGCCAGUGAUGGAAAUCUUGUGGAACCAGAAAUGUUAGCGGAUAUGGGUGUCAGCAUGUUAGAGGAUCAAGCUUCCAGUUGUGAAAGAGCCAAUAAUUCAGAAUCUGUAGAACGUACUUCGCCUAUUAGUUCAGAAAAUAGUAAAAAAUGUAAUAAAAGUAAUAGUUUUGACAGUCAAGAAAGUAUUCAUAGAGCUUCCAGCUUUGAUACCGUUAUUAUAGAUAGAUUGGACCAAGAUCCGUACGAGUCGGAUGAACCGACAGCAUAUUCCAACAUGAAAAAUGAAUCCGGCUAUUCCUCUAGGACCGAGACAGAUAAUUUUAUCAAUACGAAGGGAACCUUUUGUAAAGACGAUCUUAAUGCUUCUACCGAAAAAAGUAGUUUCGAGCAGUUUUGCCUGUACAGAAGAAAAAGAAAAUCUUCGUCCGCAGGCGAGGAUAAAUUUAACAAAUUGUCCGAUGAGAUGAUUUUAAUGAUAUUAAAAUGGCUCCCGAAGAAAUGUCUGGUGCGUUCCAUGCUGGUUUGCAAACGAUGGUGUCAAAUAGCCCGAGACGAAGCGUUAUGGAGUAGGUUGGAUCUGGGUGGUAAAGUAUUAAACGAAGGCACUUUGGGGCACAUAUUACCACGGGGUGUUCAAAUACUUCGACUUGCUCAAGCAGAGAUUGCAGAUCCUGUGUUUCUCGAAAACAGUGAGGUUCUCACUGACGGUUACGUUAGCAAAUUACAAUACCUGGAUCUCUCGAUGGCAGUAAUCUCUCCGGAUGGAUUGGCCAUGUUACUGUCUCUUUGUAAAUACCUUAAAAAGUUAUCUGUAGAAAAAUGUAUAGUAAACAAAUCGUGUUGUAAAGCUAUCAGUGAAAAUAACGAUCUAGAAACAUUAAAUUUAACGAUGUGCGAGGGUAUGGAUAUCGAUUGUAUCAAAGAUUUAACGAAACUAAAGAACUUGAAUGCCGUUAAUGUGGCAUGGUGUGCUUUAGAUGCCAAGGCUAUGACCCUACUUUGUAAAUCUUUACCUCGAACCAUUACGCGUUUAAACAUAGCCGGAUGUAGAAAAACGAUGACAGACGAUAACAUUACCGACUUGGUGAAAAGUUGUCCAGACAUGGUGGAAUUGGACCUGAGCGAUUGUACUAUGCUUACAAUGAGCACUGUUCGUUGUAUAUUAGACCUCUCAAAAUUAGAACACCUUUCGCUAAGUCGCUGUUACGGUAUACCCCCAUCUGCAUACGUAACAUUGGCGUACAUGCCAUCAUUGUUGUACUUGGAUGUCUUUGGUUUGAUACCAGAAUCGGUACAGAAAAGUUUACAAGUUACCUGCGGUGAGACCCAACUUAACAAGUUCCUAUAUAGUUCCGUUGCGAGACCAACGGUUGGUGUCCGAAGAACGAGUAUCUGGGGGCUUCGAGUUAGAGAUUAAAAUAUGCGCUGUAAUGUUCUUUCACGAGUAAGAGUAAUGCUAAAGAUCAAGUAAAAACCAAAGUAAAACUGAGAUGUACGUGUGCCUUUCCGCAAACUGUCUUCUUAUCAAGAGACUGAUUUUACGAUACUAUUGAAAUAAAAUUAAAGCAAUAUACCAUUCGUUUAUCAUCUUUUUUUCUUUUUUUUUUUUUUUUUU